UCGAGAGUAUAUAAAGUCUCACAAGAAAGUAACCCCACCUUAUUCAACCUGUAGUACGGAUCUAAAAUAUAGAAAAACACUGUGAAUUUGAGUAUCGUAUAGGAAAGAAUUUUUCAAAAUGAAAAAAGAUACCUUUCGUGGCCUGAUUAUACUUGCAUUAAUUGCAAGCGUUUGUGGUGAUUGGGAUUGUAUUGGAGUUAAAUUAUACGAACUACAAGAAGAUACAAGUGACGAGACAAGAUAUUUUGUAUGCUUCACUGAAAAAUCAGACCCAAUAUUCUACGACUGUCCAGACGAAUAUAAAUUCAAUGUUGAUACCAAAAGCUGCACUUUGGAACUCGUAGGAAGAACUGAACCGUCAUGUGCUUUUGAAGGUGAAGUGUUUGUUGCUUCUAACAGUGAUCCAUGCGAUCAAUACUGGUUAUGUGAUGAAUCGUUAAGUGCAGAAACUAAGACUUGUGACUCCGAUUUGAAUGUUAAUCCGAAUGCCAAAGAUGGCUCCAAUUCGAACCGGGAUGCUGAAUACCGCUUUAAUUCGCUCCUAUUACAAUGCGUGCCUAAAAAGUAUUGGUUAUGUGGAGAUGGAAUACCAGAUUGCUCCCAAACAGAUCAACGAAAUCAAAAAUGGUCCAACAUUCAAGAUUGCGGGUCAUUCUACCAAUGUAUUGGUAACACACUCACCAAACAGAACUGUCCCAGCGGAUUUUACUUUAACGUAACCGCACAAAGUUGUUUUCAUAACGCAGCAGGACUAUGCCAACUUCCUACGGAUUGGCUCCCUGGCCUAUUAGUAGACCCUGAGAAUAUGUGUAAAGGAAAUGUGGGAAAAUUCCUACCGGACCCUUACUAUUGCAAAGCUUACUACUAUUGCGUUGCUGAAGACACUCCGUAUUGGAAACCAUGUGAAGACGAUUUGUACUUUAAUAAUGGAGCAUGUACCAAAACCGUACCGAGCACUUGCAUAUGCGAAACAAUAGAUUGGGAAGAAUUGUUGCCAUCAACUGCCACUAGCGUUGCACAUCCAAAUCCAUCGAAAUACUACUUCUGCAAAAAAGGAUUUGUCGCUGUCGAGGAAUCCUGUCCGCCAGGAAUGGUUUUCAACGCAAAAGAAAAACUUUGCUCUUAUUAAAAAUAGAAAAUUUAAAGUUGUUAUUUGUUAAUGUUUUCUUUAUUAUAUUUGCCGCUACUUUGUUUUUUUAUGGUUGUAGAUAAAUAAAAUAUUUUUUUGGAAUUAUAUGACCUAUUUUUGA